AUGUUUAGUUUUCUGAUACUGGGAAUUGCACUCGUGACGUCACCCAUCAAAGGAACAAACGAUUUAAAUGUUCAAAUACCGUUGAACAGAAUAAUUGUUAAUAAAUGUUGCGAAAAAAACGAAAUAAUGGAUUUUCAUCAUCAUUGUUUAAAAGUGAAAGAAAGUGACGUUCAAGUUUGGUCGCCAAUAUUCAGCGAUGAUUCUGGAAAGCAUAAUUUACAAAUAGAUUUUAAAAUCGUGACUGGAUUCCCCGCGUGUAAAACGUCACAACAAUGGCCAAUUUAUCAUUUUCAAAAUUCAACGGAUCGUUUGUUUUUACUUCCAAGUGGAUACCUUCGACAUUAUCCUCGUUACGAAGAAAAAGAUCCUGAUGAAACUGUUACGCAGUCACCAUUGCUACCUGAUGGUGAACCUAGGUAUUAUGAUUAUUCACAGGGUUCUUAUUGUUUAGACAAGGCUUUAAUUAAUAUGACUAAUUCCAUCGUGACUGCACAAGGAGCUGUUGUUUGCGUUCCUGAAAUACCUGUGACGUGGGAGGACACUGAUUUUAUUAUGAGAAAAAUAUUAAAUCCGAUAUUUCAUGCCAUCGCCAUACUUUUAUUUCUUGCCAUAGCCAUUAUUUAUUUUGUUUUACCUCCUCUAAGAGAUUUAGUUGGUAAUAUUUUAACAUCUUUAAUGAUUUGCCUUAUUAUUUUUGAAAUCGGAGAGCUGAUAACGGUUUUUACGAGAUUCACAAAUCACGUGAGUUUUUUAGUCGCCGAUAUUAUAUCUAACGUCAGCCUCGUCGCUGCUUUUUUUUGGUUGAAUUCUUUUGGAUAUUACAUUUGGAAAACUUUUAGAUCGAGAAAUGUAUUUUUAAGAGUAACCGACGGUAAAAAAUAUUGUUAUUAUUCCAUGUAUGUGUGGGGAACAACUGGAGCCAUGUGUGCAUUAGCUUUAACAGCACAUUUCCUGUUGGAAAAUGAUAAAGACAUUACAAUCGCUUCACACGGUCAACAAUCUGUAGGGUGGCUUGGCAUGGCCAUGUUUUUCACUCCAAUAGCAUUCACCAUCAUCAUUAAUAUUUUUUUUUAUUUAGCAACUGGUCAAGCCAUUAGCAGAAUGUCCACUUACGGUAGAAUUCAUAAUAAAAUGAAAUUUAGUUUUAGUAUGUUUAUUAAAUUGUUUUUAAUAAUGGCGUCAUGUUGGCUUCUUAUGCUCUUAUCAUGGCUUCCUUACGAUGCUCUGGAUUAUUGUUACAUAGCAUCAAAAGCCGUCGAAGCUCCCCUAAUAUUUAUUAUUUGCGUUCUCAGUCAAAAAAGAGUUCUUUACCUUUUACGAAAGGUUUGUUGUACCGAAAAUUGCAUUUUACCAUGUUGCAGACCGGAUGAUAACGAUCCAAGCGAUUGGGGAGAAGAAAUGAUGGCGAUGAACACUUAUCACUAUUGA